GUUCAUCUGACCAAUAUUGCUGUGCAAAAAACUGCUCCGGAUUACGAUGCGGAACGGGGCUGUAAAUGGUCCGUCUGUCGCCUUCGUCGAUUCUUGCAAGCCAAAUAUGGCUAUGAAAAGGUGGCAGAAUUGUUUCAUCAAAUCGAUGUCAUUUUCAUCGUUAGUCUUUUGAGUGUGCAAAAGAUUAUCAUCAACGACAAGCAUUGUUUCGAACUGUACGGCUAUGAUAUUCUCCUGGAUUGUGAUCUAAAACCGUGGUUGUUGGAAAUCAAUGCAUCACCUUCGCUGACUGCCAGUUCGAAGGAGGACUACAUAUUGAAGUGCAAUCUUCUAGACGAUAUGCUGGAUAUUGUCGAUUUGGAGGGUCGAUUAACUGGGGACGAGCGACGCGUCGGUGAUUUCGACCUCGUAUGGGACGAUGGGCCAGUUUCGCCCCCGAACAAUACAACGGAAGGUUGGUUAUCCGAGGCGUUGGUUGCUCUACGCGGUCACAGUGUGUCUGGAGACGCGGGGGGCACAUCCGGAUCAGCAGCCGCGGGCUCCAGUGGCACGUUCACUCUCACCCCGAAUGGGUUGCCUCGUUUGAACUCCUAUCUGGGCUGUUUGGCGCGUCAGUCGGAUUGCCCGAAAACAAGAUCUUGA